AAAUUUGCCAAGGGCCAGACCCUGCUGGACAUGGUGUGUGGCCAUCUGAACCUGCUGGAGAGGGACUACUUUGGCCUGACUUUCCAGGACACGGAUAAUGCCAAGAACUGGUUGGAUCCCUCCAAAGAGAUUAAGAAGCAAAUUCGUGUUGGCUCCUGGAAUUUGGGCUUUUCUGUCAAGUUCUACCCUCCAGAUCCAUCUGUGCUCAUUGAAGACAUCACCAGGUACUACUUGUGCCUGCAGCUGAGGGACGACAUCCUGUCCGGUCGCCUCCCGUGCUCGUUUGUCACCCACGCCCUGCUGGGCUCCUACACUGUCCAGGCUGAACUGGGAGACUAUGAGCCUGAAGAACACGGUCCAGACUACGUCAGUGAUUUCCACUUUGCCCCCAACCAGACACGUGAGCUGGAGGAGAGAGUGAUGGAGCUGCACCGUAAUUAUAGGGGGAUGAGUCCGGCAGAAGCAGAGGUAAACUUUUUAGAAAAUGCCAAGAAGCUCUCGAUGUAUGGCGUGGACCUGCAUCACGCUAAGGAUUCAGAGGGAAUCGACAUAAUGCUUGGUGUAAGUGCCAACGGUCUGCUCAUCUACCGAGACCGUCUCAGGAUCAAUCGGUUCGCCUGGCCAAAAAUCCUCAAGAUUUCCUAUAAAAGAAGCAACUUCUACAUCAAGAUCCGCCCUGGAGAGUAUGAACAGUUUGAGAGCACCAUAGGCUUCAAGCUGCCCAACCACAGGGCCUCGAAGCGAUUGUGGAAGGUCUGCAUUGAGCACCACACCUUCUUCAGGUUGGUUUCUCCAGAGCCACCUCCUAAGGGGUUCCUGGUGAUCGGCUCCAAGUUCCGCUAUAGUGGUCGGACCCAAGCCCAGACCAGGCAGGCCAGUGCUUUGAUUGACAGGCCUGCCCCACUGUUUGAUCGGUCCGUUAGCAAGCGGUACAUGCUACCACGAAGCAUUGAUGGAGCCUCAGCUCUUGGUGACAGCAUGGACCAGCUGUCCCAGCGAAGCUCCAGUGAACGCACACAGUUUAUGUCCAGAGAAGACCUGGACCAAGAGGGCAGCCUCGACCUGGACCACGAUCACUAUCACUACCAGGACCAGGACCAGGACCAGGAUCAGUACACAGAUCAGGAACUAGAGCAUGAAGAUCAAAAGAUAAUGGGCGCCAACAUGUCAACGCCUACCAAGACCUUGGAGCUCAAGGGUGAGGAGGCAGGCUCGCCUGUAGACUCUAAGCCAGAGGAUCUGGUCACCCUUCGGCCCAAACAGGAGCAGUUCUUGGAUAAGCCAGAAGACGUUCUCCAGAAGCACCAGGCCAGCAUCAAUGAGCUGAAGAGAGCUUUGAGGCAGCCGAACAGCAAGAUGGCGCAGAGAGAGAAACGCCUCUCCUCGGCUACUCCUCCUGGAGGAACUCCUGAACGAAAAUCAGAGACACCUCCCACACCUGCUAUUCAUGAGGAGCCUCUCAACGAAGCUUCAAGGGAACCGUGGGAAAGACGUCUGGGCUCCGUAUCGGAGGACGACCAGGACCACGAGAUCCUGUACCUGAAGGAAACCCACCUGGGCAUCGAGCGCAAAUGCUCCAGCAUCACGGUCAGCUCCACGUCCAGCCUGGAGGCCGAAGUGGACUUCACCGUCCUCACAGACCUGCACACGGGCAUGGAGGAGUUCUCCAGGGGAAUGUCCGAGCUGGGGGAGAGGGACCUGUCGCCCGACGUGGGUCUCUGCCUCGGCAUCGACUUGCUGCACCAGCAGGGUCCCUCUGAACCACCUCCUCCCCUCGUGUCAGUUCCCAUGUCCAGAGGAGCCAGCAGCAGCCCCCCGGCCAAACAUAUCCCGGCUGAAGAGGUCAGACCAGAAGUCAAACGGCCAGAUUCGCAGCCUGUAGUUCCCAAAAAACCAAAGAGGUCAGUGCCGGUGUCGUCGUCGGUGGACAGGGAUCAGUCACACAGGGAGGCCAGUCGAGGCACCGCUGUAGCGCCGCUGAGCAGGGAGGCCAGCGACGUCAUGCCCACACCAAUGGUGAGGAAGACGGACGUCAGGACGGAGACGCAGCCCAACGGGUCAGAGGUCACCACAACCAUCGUGGAGUUCACAGAUCAGGAUCACGGUAUCAGCGGCCUGAGCGAGGUGUCUUACACUACGAGACAGAGCGUUUCCCCUGUGCACAAGAGCAGUCUGGGAAGAGAGGCAGCAGGGUCGCCCAUCCUUGUCACUGAAAACGUUACCUCAGCAACCACUCAUGUGACAAAGACGGUGAAAGGAGGAUAUUCAGAGACCAGGAUCGAGAAGAGAAUCAUCAUCACAGGAGACGAUGACGUAGACCAGGAACAGGCUCUGGCUAUUGCAAUACAGGAAGCCAAGCAGCAGCAUCCGGACAUGCAGGUGACAAAGGCAGUUGUUGUCAGGGAAACAGAAUCGUCCACUGAGGAUCGACACGGUGCAUCAGAGUCCUGAUUUCCUGAGACAAGAGUGCCCCCCUUUGGACCAGAAGCGUCAGUGCCCAACCUGAAAAUUGCCACCCACCAUCCCGACUGAUAAGACUACUGCCAGUGGCGCUCUGACGGAGCC